UAACGGUUUCGGGGACUUACUCUAACAUGUGAGCAACGUGAAAGCAACACCUGCUCGAAAUCUUGGCUCCGCCGACAGAGAAGGGGACGAAAUCGGCGCCACCCACCGCUGGUUUUAACAUCACCUGUGAAAGCAGAGGCGCCAACGAGCAACGCUUGAGGACCCUGAAGAGGUGUCUCCGCCACCGUAGAGCCCUAACCUGAGCUCUCUCGCCGCCGUCGCAGGUGGUUUUCUUCCUCUCCAGUGUAGGUAUCCCUCUUCUCUGGAACAGUGAUGCUGCCAAGACAUGUUCAAACUAUUGGUAGUCUCCUUGAGAGAGUUAUGCAAGUUCAUGUUGCGCAGCUCAGAGGAAUAAAUACACAUUUCUGUCUUUGGUACUCUUCUGUGUCGACUUGUAAUGAGCUGCCAAGAAAGCUCAACAAGUAUGAGAGGAAACCACCGGUGACAAGUUUUAAUGAACUUAAGCGUCAAGCCAGACUGGAGAGAAAGGAGAGGCAAAAGGUGCAUGAGAAUAAAUUACAACCUCCCGAAAAUGGCUUAUUGGUGGAGCAUUUAAUUCCUAUUGCUCAUGAAGUUUAUGCUGCCAGAUGUGAACUAAUAUCUACUGUUUCAAGACUUGUCAACUACAUUGCUAUUUAUACAUGCAGCUUAUGUGGAGAAGUUCAUGUUGGUCAUCCACCACAUCAAAUUAGAACAUGCGAUGUUAGAGGAAGCCCAUCAAGCAAAGAACAUAGUUGGGUCAAAGGUGGUGUUGAACAUGUUCUGCCACUUGUAGAGUCAUUUCAUCUGUAUGAUAGAAUAGGGAGGGCUGUUUCACAUAAUGAAAUGCUUGAAGUAGACCGAAUUCCAGCAAUUGUUGAAUUGUGUAUUCAGGCAGGUUUUGACAUACCUGAGUACCCUACCAGGAGAAGGUCCUUCCCUGUUUACUGUGUUGCUGGUAGGAUUAUUGAUUUUGAGAAAAGAUUUCCUAAAGAAAUUUCUCUUGGUGAAGAUAUAGAAGCACAUGGGUUUUGGUUUAAGAAAAAAAGAGUGGAUGUAAACACAAAUUCUAUGGCAAUGCAAUCUGAUGAUAUCCAAGCUAUUGCUGUUCGAGGCAUGAAAGCCUGGGAAAAAAUGCAUGGAGGAGCUUCAAAACUUAUGGAGAAGUAUGCUGUCCAAACUUGUGGAUAUUGUCCAGAGGUACAAGUGGGACCCAAAGGUCAUAGAGGACGAAAUUGUCAAGCUUUCAAACACCAGAUGAGGGAUGGACAACAUGCAUGGCAGGAGGCAAGAAUUGAUGAUUUGGCACCUCCAGUAUAUGUCUUUCACAUUCGAGAUGAUCAACCUAGGAAACCUCUGGUAAAUGAGUUGAAAAAGUACUAUGGUAUGCUACCUGCAGUGGUUGAGCUAUUUGCCCAAGCUGGGGCUCCAGUUGAUAAGAGUUAUGCUUGUAUGAUGAGGGAAGAUGUUGUAAUCCCUCAAAUGGAUGAGGAAAAGUGGGUUGUUUAAAACAAUGAUUUGAUUUAAUUUCUUUCAACUAUUUGUAUAUAUGCUAACAAAGAUAGAGGACCUGUCUAAUGUUGGUAAUUAGAGAUAUAAUAGGAUGAAAAAAGAACAUUGGGCCGCUAAACUAUCUCGUGUUCUAUUGGCAACUUAAGGUUGCAGUAUUGAUUAUAUGGAACAUAUCUACUUUUGGCACCCACUGCAGGCCAACGGACUUGGA